AUGGAUUUUACACUAUUUAACUAUAGUCAGAAGCGACUCUUAUCAGCAACAGUUAUUUCUUUAUUGGUUGGUUAUAUGCUUAGUGUUACCAAUAUUCCUCGUGGAGUUAUGUCUCAAGUCCUUGGACUUAAGUAUUAUAAGCUAAAUUCCAAUGAUAUUCACGAAUGGACUUUAGAAAUUCAAAAUAACAAAGUUGAAACCAAUAUAUUUUUAGUCUUAAACUUAAGCAUAUGUAUUGGAGCAGUAGUAGGCUCACUUCUUUGGGUAUUUAUUUUUGAAGUUCUAGGUUUUGUUAGGAGUAUUGUACUGGUAUACACGUUAUUUAUAUUGGGUUCAUUAUUUUGUAUGUUUUUAUCAAUAUCAAUGUGUCUUAUUGGUAGAUUCUUAUGUGGAGUAGGGAUUGGAAUUGCAUUUCUCAUUAUUCCAAGGUAUAUCAAAGCAGUGACAGGUAGACAAAAUCAAAAUCUCUAUUCAACUCUUCAUAAUACAAUGUUCUGUUGUGGAAUUCUGAUGGGAAAUAUUAUAAGUUGGAUUGUUCCAACUAUAUCUGUAUUUUUAAUUAAUUUAAGUUUAACAUUUUCUUUUAAAAGUAGUGAUAGCUUUGAAGAUGCUAUUGUUGAUCUUCCUCAUUUAUACAAUAUUUUGGAAAUUUUGAAGUUUGAGACUAAAAUAACUGAUAAACAAAUAACCAUGAAGUUAUUACCUAUUCUUCAAUAUAUUCAACAAUCCUUCCUAUCUGUGAAACUUUUAUUUGGAGUCCCAUUUAUUGUUUCAUUUAUUAUGGUUCUCAUUUGGUCCUAUAAUUUCUUAGAGGAAACUCCCGAAUUUUACAUAGAAAGAGAUGAUUUACGAUCAGCAGAGACAGCUGCUCGCAAUAUACAUGGUGUUGAGAACACCACCAUCAUUAUAGACAAUUUAAGGAAACAGCUAAACGAGUAUAAAAAAGAUCAGCAUAUUAACAUUUACACUAUAUUAUUUUUCUUUCCAAUACGUAGAAUUAUACUACUGCUACCUAUUGUUGCUUGUUCCGAAGUUCUAACUGGAUUCUUUUCUUUUAUAAUUUAUAGUGGAAUUAUCUUUACGCAAGCACAACUACCAAGUACUUUGAUUCCUAGAUGUGUUACACUUGUGGAUUGUUUCUUGAUUAUAUCUACUCUUACUGGUACAUUCUUUGCCAACUAUAUUGCUAAAAGACGCCUUUUAUUUAUUGGACUUGCCUCAAUACUGUUGUCAUUAUUACCAGUUAGUUUAUUGCCAUUUUUUUCUGCAGGGAAAUACAAGUUUCCAAACCUCGUUGUUGUUUGCGCAAUUGCUCUUGUUUCUAGUUCUGGUUUUGGAGUUUCACCUGUUUGUUCAAUAUUCAUCAAGUAUUGUAUACCUAUGCAACUUCAACAUAAAAUUCUUCCUAUCCUGAGUAUAUUUUAUUGGAUUUCGGCUACAAUAUCAAUCAUUAUUGUUGAGUUAUUACCUCUAUUUCUUUCAAUGCUUAUAUUUACAUCAUUAUCAUUUCUCGUUCUUGCUUCAUAUUCUAUAAUAAAUUUCCAAGAUCCCAAAUUGUUAGUCAAACAGUUCACACGAGAUAAACUUGAGCAAAUUGAGAUACUGCUAGGUUAG